CGGUGCAUCCUGGGAAGAGGACGAUCUCCCCACGUGGUGGCCUCGUUGAUCAGCAGAGUUCCAGCCGCUCUUCAGGAGAACCAGCUGAAGAACCUUCAGAAACUUCGAUUUAUUCACUUUAAACACCUUUACAGCUGAUAUGAAGCCUGGAUUCAGCCCGCGAGGCGGCGGCGGCCGUGGUGGAUUUGGAGGAGGCGGCGGCGGUCGUGGAGGAUUCGGAGGAGGAGGUGGCGGCGGCGGAUUCGGAGGGCGUGGCCGAGGCGGAGACAGAGGAGGAAGAGGCGGGUUUAGAGGAGGAAGAGGCGGGUUCGGUGGAGGCGGUGGGGGUUUCAGGUCUCCGGGAGGUGAGGGGGGCUUCAGGGGCCGCGGGGGCGGCAGAGGGACCCCCAGAGGCCGAGGAGGACGAGGGGCCGGAGGAAGAGGAGGAUUCAGAGGAGGAAAGACAGUUACGGUAGAGCCGCACAGACAUGAAGGUGUGUUUAUCUGCCGGGGGAAGGAGGACGCGCUGGUGACGAAGAACAUGGUGACGGGAGAGUCCGUAUACGGAGAGAAGAGAAUCAGUGUGGACGAGGGCGAGUCUAAGAUCGAGUACAGGGCGUGGAACCCGUUCAGAUCUAAACUGGCGGCUGCGAUUCUGGGCGGAGUGGAUCAGAUCCAUAUUAAACCCGGAGCUAAAGUCAUGUACCUCGGCGCCGCGUCCGGAACCACCGUGUCCCACGUUUCUGAUAUCGUCGGUCCGGACGGGUUGGUGUACGCUGUGGAGUUCUCUCACCGAUCCGGCAGAGAUCUGCUCAACGUCGCCAAGAAGAGAACCAACAUCAUCCCCAUCAUCGAGGACGCCCGGCAUCCGCACAAAUACCGCAUGCUGGUUGGUAUGGUAGAUGUGAUCUUUGCUGACGUUGCUCAGCCCGACCAGACGAGAAUCGUCGCCCUCAACGCUCACAACUUCCUCAAAAACGGAGGCCACUUCGUCAUCUCCAUCAAGGCGAACUGUAUUGAUUCGACGGCGGCUCCGGAGGCGGUGUUCGCGUCGGAGGUGAAGAAGAUGAGCUCAGAGAACAUGAAGCCUCAGGAGCAGCUCACCCUGGAGCCGUACGAGAGAGACCACGCCGUGGUGGUGGGGAUUUACAGACCUCCUCCUAAACAGAAGAAAUGAAGAGACUGAUUUUAGUUUUGUACAGUUUGGACCUUCCCGUUGCUCCUGAUCCUGCUUUAGCCACAGCGGGAGAACCUGGAUUCGUCAGGAACGAGUUUCUCUGCUGUGGCUUCGACUUCAUUUUGCUUUUUAACUCCAGCUGCAGUUCGCCGGACGCGUGCACCAGGUUCCUUCUGGCGUCUAAAAAAAAUUCUCCAUUUAACGACUUCGAGAGACUUCAAUACUACGAUGCAUUGGAAUCGUUAGCUCCUCAUUUUCCUGUAAUGUUGUUGAUGCCUCCAUGCAUUCCUCACCCAGAUGGUAAAACAGUAAAAUGGUAAAUUGGUAAAUUGGUUUGGUUCAAAACUAAAACGCUUAAAGGAAUAGUUUGGUCCAGAGUUGAAACUGAUAUAAAAAAAAAAAAAAAACGACAAUUGAAAGCGAAUGGGUGCAAAUUAGCAUGCUAAUGGUUAACAGUCUUCUGAUAAUUACCUGUUGGUCAUUAGCAUUAGCCUGGGCUAAUGCUUUUAAUUCCUUUAAAGUCUGACUCUUUGUUAAGUGGUGGAGUCAGAACUCAGAGCUGGGAAUGUUUCUCCACUUCUUAUCCUGUAAUAUAGUAUAUCGGAGGUGUGAAAAAAAGAAAAGUUUGUAUAACAUAUAUGAUUCUUUCAAUAUUACUGCUCUCUUUGAUUUAAAUUUUGAGAAUUUGUAGGUUUGUGUUGGUCACGGUGUUCAGUGUCAGUGUCUGGCAUGACUGUAAAGUGACUGUAGACGGACAUUUUCCAUGUUGGUCUGUUUUCUUUUUAUUAAAUGAACAUUUUGUUCUGUG